AAAACAUUCAGAUACCAAGUGAAUAUGGAGAAUAGUAAGAGUAGAAGUUUGAGAAAAGGUGCAUGGACAUAUGAAGAAGAUACGCUUCUAAUAGCUUGCAUUAACAAGUAUGGUGAAGGAAAAUGGCAUUUAGUUCCUAAAAGAGCAGGUUUGAAUAGAUGCCGGAAAAGUUGUAGAUUGAGGUGGUUGAACUAUUUAAACCCCACAAUCAAUAGGGAAAGUUUCAAAGAAGAUGAAAUUGAUAUGAUUUUAAGGUUACACAAACUCCUAGGAAAUAGAUGGUCAUUGAUUGCUGGAAGACUUCCGGGUAGGACAUCUAAUGAUGUGAAGAAUUACUGGCACACAAAUUUGCACAAGAAAGUCGUUCCAGAAAAAGAAAAAAAUGAAGAAAAAGAGAAAUCUAAGGAAACCGUGAAAGCUCAUGAAAUUAUCAAACCUCGGGCUCUAACCUUUUCAACAAAUUCACCAUGGUUGAAUGGGAAACACAAUUUUGUGAGUGAUGGGAAUGCAUCAAAACUAGCAAUAGCGUCUUCAGGUGAAGAUGGUAAUGUUCCAACAGACUGUGACAUUACUACACCUCCAAAUAUUGGUAAUGAGGCACUUUCUACAAAGGAAAUUGGUUCUUGCUCUUUAUUACAAGAGGAUAAUUCAACUUUUGAGUUUCCAAAUGUGGAGGAUUUUUUUACUAAUAGUCCCACUAUGAAUGAUUCCUACUGGAAUUCCAAUUUCUUUUGUGAUCUUUAAGGUGGAAAUAUGGUUUGCAUGUUUUUGCAUUUGUGUAAGUGUGAUUAUUUUUAUAUGUAUUUUUUUUAGUGUGCAUGGUAUUAGUAAGUUGAGUAGCAGAGAAAAGAGGAAUAAUAAUGUUUAUAGCAUUUGUGUAAGGGUGGGUGAUUAUAUUAUGAGUGA